CCUGACUCCUAGUCUGUUUAUGUGUGUGAGUGUGUGUGCGCGGGGUAAAAUUAGACACUGAAGAAAGUUAAAGCGAUUACAUUUCAAUCCUAAAUGAAGAAUCUGACAAGCAGCUGGGGGAAGAGCAACAGAGAGAGCCGAGACCGUGAGAGAGUGAGCGACCAAGAACCGGACAGAACCAGGAACCACAGCACGAUGUACUUCCAGAUGUGUCCUCACCUCCUCUGCUUCCUGCUGCUGCUCUGCGUUCCUGCGACACACUCCGCUAAGUGUCCUGAUAAGUGUGUGUGUGACCAGAUCCAGCUCACUGUGACCUGCAGCAACAAGAACCUCACACACAUUCCUCCUACUUUGGACGAGAUCACAGUGAAAUUGGAUCUGCGUGGUAACGACAUCCAGGAGCUUCCCUCCGGCGCAUUCAAACACACACCUUACCUCACACACCUGUCGCUGCAGCGCUGUAAUGUCCGCAGGGUGAAGGAGGGAGCUUUCCGCGGCCUCGGACGCCUCGUCUUCCUCAACCUGGCCAACAACAACAUCGACAUCCUCUACCAGGAGUCGUUUGACGGCCUGUCCUCGCUGAAGCAGCUCCUGAUCGAUCGUAACCGGGUGGAGGAGAUUCAGCCUGGAGCUUUCUCUCAGCUCGGCUUCCUCAACCUGCUCUCCCUCACACACAACCAGCUGGUGUACAUCCCCAACAUGGCCUUCCAGGGCUUGCAGAACAUCAAAUGGCUUCGUCUGAGUCACAACUCUUUAAAUUACCUGGACACGGAGGCUUUAGCCGGGCUGUUCACACUCACACGUCUCAGUCUGGACCACAACGAGCUGCAGUUCUUCCCCACAGAGCCUAUGACCAGACUUCCAGAGGUGACCCGUCUUGACCUGAGCUACAACCCGAUGACAUACCUGGGAGAGGAGGUGGUUUCCAUGUCCAAACUGACACACCUUUUCAUGGAUCACAUGGCCCUGCAGGACCUGGACCACACGGCCGUGUCCAAAUCCACCAAACUGGUGCACCUGGACCUCAGUUAUAACCAGCUUCGAGUCCUGCAGCCUUUCUCAGAGGGAACGUCUUCGCUUGCUCGCCUCAACCUGGCCGGGAAUCCUCUCUCCUGCAACUGCUACCUGCGUCCUCUCAGGGAAUGGUCGAUCCGUAACAAGGUGAAGCUGAUGGGCACCUGUGGAGGCCCGGACCACCUGUCGGGGGAGAACCUGGAGGCCGUCUACCCUCCAGAGCUCCGCUGCCAGAGCCAGGAGGCCAUGCUGAAGGCUGAGUUCGAAGAGGCUAGGCGGAUCACACCUCCACCCACAGAGGCGCCGGCGAACAAGGUCAAGUGUCCUGCAAACUGUGUCUGCGAGGCUGAUACACACCACUCCUCGUGUGAGAAUCGCGCUCACACUAAAGUUCCUCGGGGUUUCUCUCCAGACACGAGGCUCCUGGACCUCCGUGGAAACCACUUCCAUUACAUCCCCGGCAGCAGCUUCCCUGGGGUGGCCCAGGUGGUGUCGCUCCACCUGCAGCGCUGCAAGAUCGUGGAGGUGGAGGACGGGGCCUUCAGCGGCAUGAAGGGCCUGAUCUACCUUUACUUGUCGGAGAACGACCUGUCCUCCCUCAGCCACAACGCCUUCAAAGGCCUCCCUCAGCUCACCUACCUCCACCUGGAGAAGAACCGCUUCACAGGUUUCCCCCGAGGAGCCUUCAGCCUGGUGCCCAGCCUGCUGGCUCUGCACCUGGAGAACAACUCCAUCACCAGGCUGGAGCCGGACGUCCUGUCGGGGGCCGAGGGCCUCCGGUCGCUCUACCUCACUGGGAACGCCAUCGGAAACAUGUCGCCUCGAGCUCUGGAUGGGGCCGGGGACCUGGACACGCUCCACCUGGGCGGCAACAAGCUGAAGGAAGUGCCCACCGAGGCGUUCAGCAAGGCAGGGAGUCUCCGGGACCUGAGGCUGUCCGGGAACGCCAUCCGCUGGGUGGGGCCCAACGCCUUCAGACCCCUGGAGAGAUCCCUGAAGGAGCUGUACCUGGAUAACAUGGGGCUGGAGAAGAUGUCGCAGAGCUCCCUGGCAGGUGUGGGUCCGGGGCUGAGGAGUCUCUUCUUGGAGGGGAACCAGCUGGAGGAGGUGCCGGACCUCCAGACCCUCUCCUCCCUGGAGGUCAUCAACCUGGCUGACAACCCUCUGAUGUGUGACUGCCCUCUGCUGCCGCUGCGCAUGUGGAUCGAGAAAGUCAACCUGAAGGUGCGAGCCACGUGUGCGAAUCCCCCCGAGCUGAGGGGUCGGCGGGUGAAGGACGUCCAAGUUUUCAGGGCCUGUCCCGGGGGAGAGAGCCUCCCCUCACCCCCCGCCGUCACCCCGAAGCCCGCCAAGGCCCCCAAAGCCACCAAACCCAAACCGAUGCACCUCAAAGGCCCGCGGCAGGUCAAGAUGCUCAAAGCCAAACCCAAAGCUCGUAAAGGAUCCAACACGAAGCCGACGGCGGCGAAGAAAACCACGAAGAGACGCAGCGCUGCCUGAGAGCUGCUUCUAAAAGACAACCAAGGAUUUAAUUCCUCUAGAAAUGUAACCUGCCAAGGGUUUUUAACAUCUCCAAUAUAUCAGAUUUCUAUUACACGGUUUCUGCAUCAGUUUCUCUUUUCAUCUCAUGGUGAUGCUUCAACACACCUGCUGUUCUAACACUCAUAAGAAGCAGCCUCAAGGUAAUAUGUGAUCCAUUCACCUGAGAGCUGCUUCUUUUCAAAACCAUGGAUUUGGUUCCUCUAGAAAUGUAACCUGCUAUAGGACAGUGUUCUAUCACACAACAAUGUAGAAACAACAUAUAUGUUAAAGUUGGACAAAAUGAAAUAUAUUUGCUCUUUUUGAACCAAUAACUCCUGCACUUUGUAAUCAAUUAGUACUUAUUGCAAUGUUGUUUAUAACAUGCACACAUUUUUUAUCAGACAUGGCCUGAGAGCUGCUUUUCUUAAAGUCUUUAAAAGACAAACCAUGGAUUUAUUCCUGUAGAAAUGUAACCUGCAGAGGCUUUUUCACACCUCCAGGACUUCUAUCCGACAGGUCCUGCAUUAUUUCCUCUGUCUUUAAAUCACAGGCAUAGAAACAACACAUAAUAACACAAUACGUUCACAUUAAGUAUGUACUACAAGCGACUUUUAUGAAUGAAGACAUCCAUUCUGGCCUCCCAUCAAGCCUCAAGAUGCUCAAAGCCAUACCUCGUAAAGGAUCGAACACGAAACCAGUGGUGAAGAGAACCACGAAAAGACUCAGUGCUGCUUUUUAAAAGACAACCCAUGGAUUUAAUCAUCUAGAAGUGUAACCUGCGGAGGCUUUUUCAUACCUCCUAUAGGGCAGACUCCUGUCAGACAGUUUCUGCAUUACUUAAAUCCUAAGUGUAGAAACGAAAACAUAAUGCAAGAACACACAUGGUAUAGUUGGACAUCAUGCAAUAUCUUUUCACGUGUUUAUCCGAUAACAUCUGCAUUUUGUAAUCAAUGACUUCACAUUGCAAUGUUUUAUCCAACAUGCACGAGUCUUUUAUCAGACAUGACCUGAAAAAGCUGCUUUUCUUAACCUGCAGAGGCCUUUUUAUAUACCUCUAUAGGGCAGACUUCCAUCAGACAGUUUCUGCAUUACUACAUGUUAUGGUCGGCCAAAAGGAUAUAUAUAUUUGUACUUUUUUCAGUCCAAUAACAGCUGCAUUUAGUCAUCAAUUACUACAUAUUCCAAUGUUGUUUAUAACAUGCAUGAGUCUUUUAUCAGACCUGACUCGAGAGCUGCUUUUUAUUUACGGUUCUAAAAGAGAAACCAUGGAUUUAAUUCCUUGGACGGCUCCAAUGUUUCAAAUUCCUAUCCCACGGCUUCUGCAGUUUUCUAAUAACAACUGUUGAAAAACAUCUGCAACAGCAUACCGUGAUAAAUAAACUAUUGAUCAGUUCACAUUUACACACGUAGAAAGGUUUUAAACAUAUUUAAGGCAAAAAUAAGUGAAUGAGACAUGUUCCAUAACCACUACCCACCUGCAGAAAGAACAGAACUACAGACGAGGAACAUUUUCUUUGGUAAUCAACUAUUCUAUAUUUACAACAGAAUGAAACACCUCUGUAUAUAAAACAGGACACAAAUAAACCAUUACAACAAACAAUAAGGACCCUCAGAGUCAUGUUUACAGGUUGGAAGUCACAUGUUGGAUGUUAUUGUGUAGUAAAAUGUGGAGGAAUGAGGUAGGUUUGGCGAAUCUGGUCCCUGUGAGCUACGUAAAGUCAUGUUUUUAACAUAUAUCGGGUCUGGCGACUGUCAAUUAACCUGCAUACUUUCUCAAUUCA